AGAACAGAGUGAUGUCGCUUCAAGUGAGCUAUCGUCUUCCACCGGCACCUAGGUAAUCUGGUAUCGAAGUACAGUCAGUGCUGUACAUACAUUGCCGUGUUACUCGAGUGAUUAAUCCUAAUUGACCACGAUCGAAAAGAGAUGGCGUUAUCGGCGUGCAUUGCCUUGAAGGCCUUCGACGACGAAAAUCAACUGCACUACAUCGCAUCCGCAUCCGCAUCCACGCGAGGGCCGAAGUCAAAGUCGAAGGCGGUCGCAGCUGCCAUUUCCAUUUCCUUUCCAUCUACAUGUCCACGCCAUGUCUUCUUUUCCCCUCGAGUAAAAUUGCUCUUUGCGGGGUUCUUUCGUUUGCGGCAGACCGACAUUACUUUUGUCCUUUCCUUCUUUUCUCUCCUCCUCAUCCCCUUCGGUCGAGUCUCUUUUUCAUGUAUCAAACCCCUCUUCCUCCAUCCUCUCCCCUCGCCCCUCCACCAUCCAGCCUCUAUACCAACCAAACCGUUGAUACCCGUACUAUCACCAUCCGUGCCAUCGAUCGCUUCCCAUGGAAUAGUCCCUCAUCAGAUCCAGCUCUAUUCACCAAUCUGUUUUCGUCCAACUUAGACCAAUCAAUAGUCCUGCUAGCUCCCCCGAGCUGCACCGGGCCGUCUGAGCAGUAUUAGCUGCUGGCAAAUACGGCCAAUCUCUAGCGAAAUCAAGCACGGUCCUCGACUCCUAUUGCCAUCUGGAAUUUCCAGGCUGGUGGAUAUGGCGGACCUCCCAAUCCUUACCGGGGAGGUGCCAGAAAGCCCAGAGAAAAACACCCCGCCCACGUCCAUGCGAACUCAACCCCCACCGCAAGGAUAUUCUCUGGUAAGUGCUGAUCCAUCCACUGCCCCGCUGCGUUUGUAUAAGAAGAUUUCGUUUGCCAGCUGCAAACAGUUCAGAUCUUCCAAAGGACCCGGUGGUGCAGGAAAGGGGCUCCUAGUCUAAUCUUGCUAAGCGAAGAGAUUAACUCACGUAUUACGGUAUUCACCUUAGUUUCCUAUGCCUUUGAACCUUGGCCUGAAUCCUCCUGAUCGACCUUUACCUUCAAUACCAACACACAUGGAUAGCGACGCGGAGUCAAACUCGGGUGCUGCAGACAUUGAAGACAUCCCUCUUCAUCGUAGACACACCCCACCUCCCUCCAAAAGACACCCCCUACUCCCGAAAAUACGAGGACCGUCUCGAGAUCCUGGAAGGCCUGAAGUCCAUACAUUAGUUGCUAAAUCACCCGCGAGGAAUAUUUCACCCUCAGUGCAUGUGCCAACGCGAAUAAGGUCAGUGACGUUUGAUAUUAUUGUUCUUACAUUAUGUAAUACUAAUUGGAUUCCAGCAGCAGACAUCCCCCUGAAAAAAGAGUCUUGGAACCCCUUUUGGAGCCCUUUGACGACGAUUUCGAAGAAUUGAGUGAUAUCGAGACGCAAUCAACAAGGGAAAGGCAGAAGGAGAAGAACGAAAAGGAAAAGAAGAAUAGAGACAGACACGAAGAAGAUAAUUUUGAACCAAAACCACCAGUAAUGCCAUUCAACGACCGCGCAUCCACGAUGGACUCCCGUCCCAGAUCAAGAGCCCCAUCUCGAUCUGAAUCCAUUGGUUCCGGCCAGACCAAUGCAACCUCUUUACCCUCUUUGGCUCCGUUGCAAGUCAAGACCGUUGUCGAAAAUGAUCAACUUGAUCCACUGAAUGACGAUGAACUCGAUCCUGGAUCUUUUGAUUUGGUAGCUCCCGCCGAAGGGGACGGCCAAAAAUAUUCUCUCGAAGUGAGAUCAGAGCAACUGUUUUCCACUGAGCAUCUACAGGUGAUCUUUGCUGACCCGUCGCUUUUGCUCUCAUUCACGGCCUUCAUGAGCUCUCACCGAUCUGCAUCAGUCCCGAUUUUAGUCUACUACUUGGACGCAAUUAAGGCGCUGAAAGCCAUCAAAUACUCCAAUGCAAUCGCAGAAGCGUUGGAUCCGAUUCCGGGUUUUGACUUUACAGCUCAAGAUAGCAGACCCACCGUCAAUCCUGAUCUGGAAGUAAAAGCUUUGCAGGCUUUUCAAGUUAUGGUCCGAGAGGACUUGCCUGCCUACAUCACACACACCUAUAUUCAAACGGUGAGCUUGUCAAUUCAGAGAAGAAUCACUGGAACUCUACCGACACAUCUGCGAGAAGCAUCAGAAGGACUUGCAGAGGUAUUUUGUCUGACAGAUCCCUCACGACCCGACAAUCCUAUUGUUUUUGCUUCAGAAGGUACAUAUUUCUAUCACUCUACUUAUACCCAUUGCUCACAAAUUGCUAGAAUUCCAUCGAACCACUCAAUAUGGCAUGAGUUAUGUUCUUGGUCGAAACUGUAGGUUCUUGCAAGGCCCAAAGACAAACCCACAUAGCGUCAGAAGGUUGCAUGAGGUUAUCGACGCUGCGAAAGAACACUGUGAAGUUUUCCUAAACUAGUAAGGACCCACUUAAAUGUGAUAUAUAAUGCUUGCUAAUCAUUCCUAGUCGACGAGAUGGCUCGCCAUUCAUGAACCUAUUGAUGAUGGCUCCAUUGUGUGAUAGCCGUGGCACAGUCCGAUAUUUCAUCGGUGCUCAGGUUGAUGUUUCGGGGCUGGUAAAGGAAUGUGCUGAUCUAGAAUCACUGCGGCGUCUUGUUGAUCAAGAAGCUGGUACAGGCCCCAACCAGUCACAGAAUCUCGACAAUGGUGACAACGAAAGCCAAUCAAAGAACGAAUUUCAGGAAUUGAGUGAGAUGUUGAACCUGCAAGAGUUAGACACAGUAAGAAAGUUUGGUGGGAGAAUGCACAAGCAGGCUCCACACGAAGUUCAAGACACAAACUACAAGACCGGAAACUGGGCGAAGCCUCGACUGGUUAUUAACAACAGUCCUAAUAGCCCAGAAGGCCCACUCAGCCACGGAAGACAACAAUCACUCGCCCGAGCUAGUGGGAAACUUCUUGGGAUCUACGAAAACUAUCUCCUCGUUCGACCCUAUCCUAGUUUGCGCAUUCUUUUUGCAAGUCCUAGCUUGAGGGUUCCAGGAAUUCUACAAAGUCCAUUCAUGGCCAAGAUUGGUGGGUCAUCCCGGGUACGUGAUGAAUUGACCCAGGCCCUCGCAGAUGGUCGUGGUGUUACUGCCAAAGUCCGAUGGGUAUCGAAGAAUGAUAUGGAGGGUCGAAAUCGCUGGAUUCAUUGCACUCCUCUGAUAGGUGCUAAUGGUGCUAUUGGCGUUUGGAUGGUUGUCAUUGUCGAUGAUGAGACCUCCGCUCCUGCUUCGAGACGCUACAAGAUGGCGCCACCAGUGGAUCCAAAGUUUGGUCGAACUCACGCUCCUACUCAAGACUCAGGCAGUUUGAGAGACUUUGCUAUUAUGAACGGCGGUAACAGCCGGCAAGGAAGCCUACGAGGUGCAGAGAGUCUACGAAGUGUGGCGAGAACAGAAGAGCGGAGCGCGAGUCCUUACAGCUUGAGGAUCGAUUGACCACAUGGUUGGGCAAAAAAUCCCUAAGAGGUAUUAUUAUUUAUAUAUAUAGGAGGGUGAGAUGAGAUGGAGUAUGAGAAGAACAUUGUGUGAAGGAGGGGAAAAUGAUGUGAUUUGGGACAUACCUUGCUACCUUGCGACAAUUUUGUUGAUUAGCUGGCUCUACAUAUUUGCAAGAGGAUCUUGAUUUCUGGGCGGUAUGUAUGGUAUUUGAUGAAAGCGGGAUCGAGGCUUUUUGUUUUGCUACUGUACACCUAAAUCUUCUUUUUCUUUUGUUGAUUUGGUUGGGCCAAGAUCUUUUUUGCUCUUACUUUGUUGGGUUGGUAAGAUGAAA